UUUAAUUUUUGUUUUCUGGUUAUCCAAACAAGCAUCUUUCCUCUCUUCCUCGGAAAAUCCACCCACACCAGUAAAAUACAAUCGACGAAGCAAAAGAAAAGUCUUCUCAACCUGCUCACACAAAAGGAAAAACAAAAAAAAAACUCAAUGCAAUUGAUAGAAUAGGAGAAAAUUCACAUUAACACAUCGAUUUGUUGAGCAGCGAGAUUCAUCGUUUAUUUCCGCCGGUGUUUAGUUUUCUCGGAUUCUCCGCUGGAAAGUUCCUAAUCUGCUGGAAAUCACGAACCUUUUUUUAAUUUUCUCCGUCUAGUAUAUGAUUAGGACACUGAACUUAAACGGUCUUGUCUCAGCUUCAACUAAAUGAGUCUGGUCGGAAGAUUCGGGAGCUUGAUUUCUCAAGGCGUUUACUCCGUCGCCACACCCUUUCACCCCUUCGGCGGUGCGAUCGAUGUGAUCGUUGUCCAACAACAAGACGGAUCCUUCAGGAGCACGCCCUGGUACGUCAGGUUCGGCAAGUUCCAAGGCGUUCUCAAAGGAGCCGAGAAGUUCGUGAAGAUCUCCGUGAACGGCACCGAGGCUGACUUCCACAUGUAUCUCGAUAACUCCGGGGAAGCGUAUUUCAUCAGAGAGGUUGAUCCUGCAGCGGCUAACGACACCAGUAAUUUGAUAUCUAACUCUGAGAGUGACAACGGCGUGGGUCUAAGGCUUGAGCAUAGUUUAUCCGACGCUGGUGCUGAUAGGUUACGAGAGGGUUUCAACUCUUUGUCUCGGCUUGAUAGGACUGAGUCUGAUUGUAAUAGGAGGUAUUAUGAUUUCCAGGAUGAUGAUGAUGAUGAUCCGCCUUCUCCGUCUGAGUACGGGAGUGCUCGGUUUGAUAAUUUGAAUGUGGAGAGUUAUGGGGAGGCUCAAGGGUCGGAUUCUGAGGUGGUGUUGGUGAGUGUUGAUGGACGUAUACUGACGGCUCCUGUAUCAGCGGCGGAACGGGAGGCUGAGAAUCUGAGGUUGAAUACUCCUCAGUUUCAUUUGGCUCCUGGUGAUGGGACUGAGUUUUGUGAAGGUAAUACUGAGUUUGCUUCCUCUGAGACUUCUUGGGAGGCUGAGUUUAUCAGCAAAGUAGACGACACCCAUUCUCGUGAUAUCACCGUUAAAGAGACUCAUGAUGAUGCUGAAAGAGAUACUGUUGGGAGCUGUUUGGAGCUGUCACAGCCUGGUGAGAAUGUGAUGUCUGAGGAGCUAGCUUCUACUAUCAUCACGGAAGAUGUUAGAGGUGAAGAUGAAGUGGCUGUUGAAACAGUAAAUACUUCUGUUGAUGAUGGUUCUGAAUCUUGUACGACCCAAUUAACAACAGAAGAAGUGAAAAUAACUGAGGAAUCUGUUAAUGCUAAUACGGAGUCAGAAUGUGAAGAUGAACAGACAAUAACUUGUGCAGAAGCUACUGCCAUCUUGAUUGACAACCAGGAGAGCGAGGUUACAGUAGAGUCAGAAGCUUCAGAGAGAGUCUCUAUAGAUUCAACGAGGGAGGACGAUGAGCAACUAACAACUCCAUCUAAACAGAACACUAGUGAUUCAGUGGCUGCAACUUCCAGUGUGGACAUGAAGUAUGAGUUAUCACUUUGCAAGGACGAGCUUCGUCAAGGCAUGGGACUCACCGCAGCUUCUGAAGUCUUUAAUACGCAUCUGAUCUCCAUUGAAGAGUAUAAAAACUCGGCAACAUCGAUUCUCGAAAGUGAAAAUCUAGUUGUUAGGAUCAGAGAAACGUACAUGCCAUGGAAGAAAGCUGCUCGAAUCAUACUUGGAAAAGCUGUGUUCGAUCUAGACUUAGAUAUUCAGCCAGAGGAUGUGAUCUCCGUGGAGGAAAAAAACGAAUCCACCAAACCCAAGGAUGAUGAAACUGCUGCAGUAACAACUCCCUCUUCGUCUGGAAGAAGAUGGAGACUCUGGCCUAUUCCUUUUAGAAGGGUUAAGACGAUCGAGCACACGAGUAGUAACUCCUCGAGCGAAGAAGAUCUGUUUGUUGACUCUGAACCUGGCUUGCAGAACUCGCCGGAGGUGCUGUCAGCCGCGGAGAGCCGCCAUGAGUCUCCGCGUAGACAGCUUGUGAGAACCAAUGUCCCUACCAAUGAACAGAUCGCGUCUCUGAACCUGAAAGAUGGUCAGAAUAUGAUCACUUUUAGUUUCUCCACGAGAGUUCUUGGAACACAACAGGUUGAUGCACAUAUUUACCGGUGGAGAUGGGACACCAAGAUUGUAAUUUCAGAUGUUGAUGGGACUAUAACUAAAUCUGAUGUGCUUGGUCAGUUCAUGCCUUUGGUUGGAAAAGACUGGACACAGUCUGGUGUGGCCAAGCUUUUUUCCGCCAUUAAGGAGAAUGGAUACCAGCUGCUGUUUCUGAGCGCUCGUGCCAUUGUUCAGGCAUAUCUAACAAGAAGUUUCUUAAAUAAUCUAAAGCAGGACGGGAAAGCUCUGCCGAACGGUCCUGUAGUCAUUUCACCUGACGGACUGUUUCCAGCAUUGUACCGUGAAGUGAUAAGAAGAGCACCACACGAAUUCAAGAUCGCAUGUUUGGAGGAUAUCAGGAAACUCUUCCCAAAGGAUUACAACCCGUUCUACGCUGGAUUUGGGAACAGAGACACCGAUGAACUGAGUUACAGGAAACUCGGAAUCCCCAAGGGAAAGAUAUUCAUAAUCAACCCAAAGGGAGAGGUAGCAACAGGACAUCGCAUAGAUGUCAAGAAAUCGUACACAUCACUUCAUACACUAGUCAACGACAUGUUUCCUCCAACUUCGCUUGUUGAGCAGGAAGAUUAUAACCCAUGGAACUUCUGGAAAUUACCAGUAGAGGAGGUUGACUGAAGAAAUGAGCUGCAGAUGGUGUCCAACACGGUGCCUGUGGAAACUCUAUGAUCGGAGUUUUGUAAGCCUCUUAGAAAGAUAUGGGACUUGUGUCUUUUUUCGUAAUGUCUCAUGUAGGAAUUGAUAUAGUAGGGGAAAGAACGAUAUAUAAGAUGUGACAAAUGUUAUGUAUAAGAUCCUUGUUUUUUUUUUAAGCUUUUUACUUAUCUAAAAACGAAAUGACAACAGA